UAACGUUGUUCAUUGACAUAGAGUAAGCAAUUUUAUAUUGACUAAAAUAACCGGAAUACAAUCAGCAAAAUGCGAAUACUGGUAGCAGUUGCUUGUAUCUUGUUGUGUGCGGCCAAUUUAGCAACAGCUGAACAGUUUGUCUAUAAAUUCGGUUAUGACGUCGGCGGUGUAAUACACACGGGAGAAGGAAAUAUACCUCUUCUGAAAUAUACAAAAGAAAUAAAUAUCCCUGUACCAGCAGAUGUAAGGGUUACUUAUGUUGAGGUCAUUAUAGAUGCUCUAUCGUCACCGCAAGUCCAGUACGAUUCUUUAAACCACAAAGUAGUAAUCACCUACUCUUGGACACAAAUUACGCUGUCUAAAUACAAGAUCAUCGUGAAGGGAUUUUAAUGUGUGCUAAAUGUUUCUACAUGUAAACUAAAUAAUAUUUUUAUUUUGUAAAAUUUAUGACUUAAUAAAAUUAUGCACCAACGCCAUUAA